AACUGCUGGUGGCCGCCCAGCGGUGAAAGGGUUAACAGGGCUGGGUAAGGCGAUCCCUUGAAAUGGGUAAGACUGGAGUUGUUAAAGUUUUCUGAGCGGCGGCGGCAGCGAGGCUCUUGGCGAAAAGGAAGCAAGUUGGAGGGAGCCUGGCCAAACAGCGGCUUGUGCUGAGCUGAACUCAGCUGGGAUUACAAGCUCAAGGUUAGUGGCCCCUUACACGUCCCCAGCGCUGACAUCUUUGGAGAGUUGUCUCAGGAAGGCAGGAAUUUUGACACUCUCAAGAGACCAGCUCUGCCCCCUUGGUUCAGCUGACCCUACAAUGUGGACCCUGCCUCUCCAGGUCAGGACUGGAGUUUUAAAAUAAGAUGGAUGAUGUGACGUUACUUGAUCUUCUGGCGUGCCCUGUGUGCUUUGAAAAGCUCGAUGUCACGGCCAAAGUCCUCCCUUGCCAGCACACCUUCUGCAAACCAUGUCUCCAGAGGAUUUUCAAGGCCCACAAGGAACUAAGGUGCCCCGAAUGCAGGACCUUGGUGUUUUGCAGCAUCGAGGCGCUGCCGGCCAACCUGCUGCUCGUGCGUCUUCUGGAUGGUGUGCGCUCGGGCCAGAGCACGGGGAGAGGGGGCUCCUUUCGCAGGCCCGGUGUGCUGGCCUCACAGGACAGCAGGAAAAGCAGGACUAACCUCAGAAGUCUGCAGUCCAGCCCUUUCCGGCUCGUGCCUAAUAUCAGAAUCCACAUGGAUGGGGUGCCUCGAGCAAAGGCCUUAUGCAACUACCGAGGGCAGAAUCCCGGGGACCUGAGGUUUAAUAAAGGAGAUGUCAUCCUGCUCCGGAGACAGCUGGAUGAGAACUGGUUCCAGGGGGAGAUCAAUGGAGCCAGUGGGUUCUUCCCAGCCAGCUCGGUGGAAGUCAUCAAGCAGCUGCCCCAGCCGCCCCCACUCUGCCGGGCCCUCUACAACUUUGACCUACGAGAUAAAGACAAGAGUGACAACCAGGACUGCCUGACCUUCCUCAAGGAUGAUAUCAUCACUGUGAUCAGCCGAGUGGAUGAGAAUUGGGCAGAAGGAAAGUUAGGAGACAAAGUAGGCAUCUUUCCCAUCUUGUUUGUAGAGCCAAACCUCACCGCAAGACACCUCCUAGAGAAAAACAAAGGCCGUCAGUCAUCCCGCACAAAAAGCAUGUCCCUGGUGUCCUCAUCCUCCAGAGGCAAAGCAGCCAACACGCCAACCCUCCGAAGGGGUCCCGGGUCCAGGAGGAAGGGGCCUGGGCAGUUCUCCAUCACGACAGCCUUGAACACUCUCAACAGGAUGGUCCAUUCUCCCCCAGGGCGCCACAUGGUGGAGAUCAGCACUCCAGUGCUUAUCAGCUCCAGCAACCCAUCUGUGAUCACCCAGCACAUGGAGAAAGCAGAUGCUCCUCCCAGCUCUCUGGGGCAGGUCAGCACUUAUCACCCCAUGCCUGCCUCCUCAGGACAUUCCACGGCCAUCGUCAGUCUGCCCGGCUCCCAGCAACAUCUCCCAGCUAACAUGUUUGUAGCCCUGCACUCCUACUCAGCCCAUGGACCUGAUGAGCUGGACCUGCAGAAGGGAGAAGGCAUCAGGGUCCUGGGGAAGUACCAGGACGGCUGGCUCAAGGGCGUCUCCUUGAUUACCGGGCGAGUCGGCAUCUUCCCCAACAACUAUGUCAUCCCCAUUUUCAGAAAGACAUCUAGUUCUCCAGAUUCCCGGAGCCCUGGUCUCUACGCCACAUGGACACUAUCGACCUCCUCUGUAUCCUCCCAAGGCAGCAUUUCAGAAGGUGAUCCCCGACAAAGCCGUCCCUUCAAGUCUGUCUUUGUGCCCACUGCCAUAGUCAAUCCUGUGAGGAGCACUGCCGGCCUGGGGACUUUGGGACGGGGCUCUCUUCGGAAAGGGCGGAGCAGCAUGAGAAAGAAUGGAUCCCUGCAGAGACCCGUCCAGUCAGGGAUCCCCACCCUUGUGGUGGGCUCCCUCCGACGCAGCCCCACCAUGGUCGUACGGCCUCAGCAGUUCCAGUUUCACCAGCCACUGGGGGUCCCCUCGACAGCGAUGGCAGAGAUGGGACCCAAGCCCACUCCCACGGGGGAGCCUGGCCUCACGUGCGUCGGCAGGGGCAGCGACACCAGGAUCCACUCGGCAGCCAGUUCCAUCAUCAUGGAAGGCAAGGAAAUCCCCAUCAAGAGUGAGCCUCUACCCAAACCACCUGCAUCUGCCCCACCAUCAAUCCUAGUGAAACCAGAAAACUCAAGAAAUGGCAGCGAAAAGCAAGUCAAAACCGUGAGAUUUCAAAAUUAUAGCCCUCCUCCCUCCAAACACAGCACCUCCCAUCCCACCUCCGGAAAGCCCGAACAGCCAGCCGCCCCUAAGGGAUCCCAGCCUGAAGCAGCGCCCUUGGGCCCAGAGAUGACCAUCCUAUUCGCCCACCGAAGCGGCUGCCAUUCCGGACAGCAGACAGAGCUCCGGAGGAAGUCAACUUUUGGCAAGACCACGACCCCAGCGUCCACUGCCUCAGCCACACAGACCGUGUUUCCCAGCAAAUGAAUCUACGAGUGGCUUUUCCUAGACCCCAAAGAGACCCUGCCUUGGUAAACUCCCCAGGAGGAGCUCACAACAACUGGGAUGCUGACGAGAACCGAAGAUCUGAUUGGAUGAAAGCUGCUCCACGGAGAGUUUGUGGACCAUGUGAUAUUCCUUGGACAUCAGGGAACAGUACAGAAUACCAAUAGGCUGGCCUCCAAGACAGAAGGGUAACAGGACAAAGAACAAAUCUGUCUUCGCCCGCAGUCUCGGUGGGUGGCGAGCCAGGUUGGAGAAAAGCAGGUGUGCCAUGUGCUGUUACAGGUCACACCAGACUCCCAGCCCUCCUGUCACUUCAUUCUGUUGUCACGGCCAAACCUUGUCUUGCCAAUUUCUCACACCUUGGCACCUAACUGACAAGCGAAAGGACUGGACUUCAAAUGCCUUUCAGCUCGGUGACUGGCCUGUCUAUCCAGCUAAGAUUUAGAGCAGUGCAGGAGAGAACAUAAUACUCUUCUCUUGGGUGUUCAGGCCAGAGGCCAACGCUUCUUCACAAUGUCCCUCUCCUUCACCCCUCCCCUGACUCACGACCGAGCACCCCGUAUCCCUCUGUCACAUCCUCAUUCUUUUCCAUUCCAAUUCCACUCUCUCUUAACCCCCUGACACCUUCUGAUCCAGAAGUUUUCUAUUGGAACAUCCUGAUCUAGGAAAUAAGAUUUGGUACAUAAAGAAUCUCAGAUAAGAGAAGUCCAUGAUGUUAUAAGAGAGAUGCCAUAGACUGCAGUGCUUACAGAGAGGCUGCUUCAAGUCUAAAGAUAUAAAAAUCAGUUAUAACCAUGAACACUUUUUUGUUCAGAAAUAAGUCGUCUUAAAGGAGAAGCCAUUAGAAGAUAUUCUACCGCUGGUUUAAAAAAAAAAUUCUAAUUUAAAAUUCAAAUUUAAAAUGAUCUGUGCUAAUCAGAGAUUAAACAUUGGACAGAUAAAUGCAAUUCACAAAUAUCCUGUGACACUUGGAGCCACACAUUUUUAUCUUCUCCCUUAAGACAUCAAUAAGAAUUUCAUUUCAUGCUGCCCUCAUUACCAAAGACAAUGACAAGAAUGCAGCCUCAUUUGGACGUGUUGGUUGUUUUAAAGUUCAGGAUCAUAAUUUUGCACUAAAGCACCCUCAGUCUUUCAUCGAGGCUUGCUUGUAAACAUCAGCCAAAUCGUGAACAGAAUGAGGGUUGCAUUUUGUGGUUAUAGAAAUGUUUCCUUCUAUAUGUGUGAAGCUGUCACGUGCAAGACUCAGACUGGUACCCAUCUCUUAAUGGGAUGAAUAACUUGGACCUCUAACCACACCCUUCUCUCAGGGAGUGAUAAUAAGCCACUAGAAACCCCAAAGUGUUGUCUUUCUCUGCCAAGUGGUGAGUGAGAAAGCAGGAGGUAUGAUGAGACCACAGAAUGGAUAAUUCAGUGGUGACAUCUUCUCACAUGUGGUCAGUGAUGGUGCAGUCAAUUGUCAGUCAUCCCUUUUCUCUGACAGCUGGGACUAAGUGUUGGUUCCAUUUCUUCCGCGAUAAAUUCAGGUUUGGUUGGUUCCUCUUUAGCCUCAGCAGCAAUGGAUAGAGAGAUGCUGCCUUCAGAUUCUGGAAUCUACUCGUUACUACCAGGAGGCCUUACAGCCCACCUAAGAAGAGGUUUCGAUGGCUUCAUUUUCCCGGGUAAAGUCAUAGAAUGUUAGAGUUGGAAGAAAUUUUGCUUUUAUAGAUGAUGUAUGGCAAGGUUACAUAUAGGCCCACACAAAAGCCAGUGGUGUAAACUGGGAUGGGGAAGACACAACUUUUAAUGCCUAGAAAUCAUCAGACCACAUUGGCUAAGGAUAGCCUUGUCUUCAAGGCCCUCUCGCUCAGACUUUCUUCUGCCAUCGGCUUCUCCCUCUCACAUUUAGAGCAACAGGAAACGGCCACUCCUAAUUUUUCACUUGCUGUUUUUUAAGUCUCUGGGAACUUGGCUGAUAGUGGAGGGACAGGUAGCUUUUACUUUGUCCCUGCUUAACCCAUCAACCAAAUAUUUUCUGAAAACACAAAAUGAAGAAUCUGAUUUGUUCCUAGCCAAACCCAGAAGCUUAAGGAAAGCUCCCCCGUCUCCGAAAGUUUUCAUCUCUGGACUUGUCAGUUUCAGGAUAGGGACUCCAAAUAGUCAUGGGUCAAAAGGUGGUGGGGGUGGUGGCGGAGGCAGGCAAGGAUGAAUUAGAAUAAUUAGAAUGAAGUCAAUCCUGAAAUUGUUGCUAGAAUUGUUUGCUAACCACGAAGUCUGAAUUUCAUCUUCUGGGAUUUCGCUGCUUAUUAAUACAUGUUGGGUCCAGGGGAGAAAGUGUUGUUUAGGGUGAAAAAGAGGAAAGAAAAAAAUGGAAGGGGAGAAGAAUUCCCUCGUCCAUGGAAAUAUAAGCAGAAUAGAUACAGACUCUUGUGUCUCUGAUUGUUUUUUUUAACUGCAGUGUUUUUAACAGACCGAAAAGAAAAUCUUUAUGAGGUAAUAUGUAUGUGAAUAAUGUUUAUAAAAAGGGUAUAAUGUGUUAGUCAUUAUGGAUUAUUGUAUAAGCAAACCUUAGAUAUAUAAAAUAUAGAAACAUAUAAAAAAUUAUUUUAUAGGACAGUGGACACUUAAGGACUUCCAAACUUUUCAUAUCUUUGUUCUAAAAAACAGAGAGUUGCAGCGCUGGCAGCUUAUUUCCUUAGUAUAUUCCACUGUAAAGCCAAGAGGUUUGGUGGGGUUUUGUUCAUUUUCCGGUUUUGUAAUUUAUCGUUUGUAUGGAUUACUUUGCAAUGUCUGUUGCAUGUGUGUUGGUGUCGUUUACCCACAUGGAGUCAUCAGAGGUCCGUUCCACACUUUGCAUCUCAGAAAACCAAAAAGAACUUUCUAGUGAGAAGAAAAACACACAGAACAUGCCUUCUUCACCAUUGGGCAACUCUAAGAGUUAUACCCCUGACAGCUUGUCGUAAGUCUGAGGAAAUGGGAAGUUUAAUGUCGGAGUUGUUGUCUCUCCUUUAAAUAUUUGGUGUUGGAUCACUUUUCUCCUGAGAAGGAGUCACGUGUUUUUGUUAAGUCCUUUUUUCUGGGACUCGAUAUGUUCUAGAAGAAACCAGUCCUGGUCCUCAACCACCUCGCUUCAGGGCCACUCCCUGGCAUCAGUUUUCAAAGAACUACCUAUCCACACGUCAACUCUCCAUUUUACAUUCUGUGAUUAGAUGGUAGACACUGCUCUUAGAGCCCAGAGUUUUACUUGUCUGGUGUGUGGCUUUAAUGAAGUGUUAAGUUUGCUCUUCACCACCCAGGGUUUGAUCAGAAGGAAAGAGAAAAAAGAAGGACCCCAUUGCUGGAGAGGUCCACUAGUAUCUCUUCCAUCAGCCAUGAGGAAAAGCGGGCCAGACAUUGGUACAUGAAUAUCCUCUGCUCUCCACGCAGGCAAGGGUCAGUCAUGUGGACAUGGAGAGAUUACCCAAGUCUCCUUUGCCAAAAAUGCAUAUUGUUCCCAGCUGCAAGCUUGAGAAGCCCGAUAUGUGUUUAAGCACGAAACAAUAAAGCGGGUUUAUUUUCAAUUAA